AUGGAUCGACUCGUCCGCGAACGGAAAUCGCUUGAACCGCGACUAAAACGUAUUGCGGAUACAGUGGAGAAAAUCAGGCCAGAAGCGGCCGAAGAAGUCGAUGUUCAAACCGAGCUAGACGCUCUUAGUGAGGUGUGGGCGGCCUUUUGUGCCGUGCAUAAGAAGAUUCUCGAUAUUAGUGAAGAAGAAGAAGACUAUAAUGAUGCAGUGCACCGUCAAGGAAAAUUUGAAGCAUGCUACAUUUCGCUGAAAACCCGUUUAUUGAAACUGCUAAAGGUAGUGAAGGAUCGCGAUAGUGCUGCUUCUCAACAAGUUCCGCAGAGUGACGUCAUCAGACAGCUUGCGGAUCAGCAGGCCGAGUUUCUUCGGAUAAUGUCUUCCAACAUGGCCGCCGGCUCCAGCUCUUCUGCCGUCGUACACAGCAACGCCGCCGCAUCCCCUCUCUCGGAUCUAAAGUUGCCUCGGAUGAAUAUGCCCGUUUUCAGCGGAAAUUAUCUGGAAUGGCAAUCGUUCUACGACCUGUUCGACAGCUUGGUGCAUCAAAACCCAACGCUGAAGGACAGCCAGAAGCUGUACUUCCUCAAAACCAACCUUGCUGGUGAGGCGGCGUUCUUGAUUUCUCACCUCAAGAUCGAGGAUGCCAACUAUCAACCGGCACUGACGAAGCUGAAAUCCAGGUACGAUAAGCCACGUGAGAUCGCUAAUCAGCAUAUCAAGCGGUUUCUAGCGCAGCCAACGCUGACAUCCCCCUCUUCUCACGGCUUGCGAUCGCUCCACGACGUGUCGGACGAGGUUAUUCGUGCCCUCCAUGCCAUGAAUAGGGAAGACCGUGACACGUGGCUCCUGUUCAUCUUGAGCGAAAAGGUGGAUCCAGAUACGAAGCAAUUGUGGUGUCAAAAGAUGGCGGAAAUGGAUGAAGCAAACAUCGAUCUUCAGUGCUUCCUCAAGUUCGUCCAAUCUCGCAGUUUUGCUCUGCAAUCUGCUCAACCAGUUCGCCCGAAAUCCAGCGUGCCCUUCAAGCAACCUUCAAGGGCUCCACCUCAGUCCCGAGGUGCUACCGCAUUCGUCGCCACGAACCCUCCGUUUUGCAACGUCUGCAACAAACCAAACCACCAUCUCUACCAAUGUGGUAAGUUCAUUCACAUGAACCACGACGACCGACUCGCUCACGUCAAUAGGAUGAAGCUGUGCAACAAUUGCCUGAAAGUACAUCCCGGUGAGAGCUGCAAAUCAGGUGCCUGCAGGAAAUGCAACUUACCUCACCACACCUUAUUGCACCCACCGUCGUCAUCAGCAAGCCUACAACCAGCAGCAUCAUCGUCCGUCAUGGCCCCUGCAAAUUCAGGAUCAUCAGCACAGUCCUUGAUUUCGGCCCUCGACUCACCAUCCUGCCUCGAUGCGUCUAGCGUCCUACUCGCCACCGUUGCUAUCAAUGUUCUGGACAGCCAGGGACGGCCACACGCCUGUCGCGCCGUUUUGGAUUGCGCGUCCCAAGUCAGCUUUAUCAGCGAUGAUUUCAGCAAGCGGCUCGGCCUCAAAACAGUAGCCGCCAGCAUGGACCUCGAAGGCAUCUCCUCCACACCAGCGCACGCUGACAAGUGUGCCGAAAUCAUCAUCUCAUCUCGCUGCACGGAUUAUCGAACCUCCGUAUCGUGUAUGGUGUUGCCGAAAAUCACCAAAAUGCUUCCUUGCAAGCCAGCGAACAUCGACGGUUGGCCCAUUCCAGGAGCAAUACACUUGGCAGAUCCUCUGUUCCAUCGCCCGGGUAAGGUAGAAGUUCUACUGGGAAUGGAAUUAUUCUUUCAGCUGCUCGAGCCCGGCAAAAUCGCCCUCAGUAUCGACGACAGUCUACCCACACUUCAAAACACCAAACUCGGCUGGGUGGUCGCUGGUCGGUACCACGAAUCGAACACUUCGAUUGGAUCUCACGUUUCAACCUGCCUGUUGACUUCCACCGAUGACGAUCUCUCGCAGCAGGUACGCAAAUUUUGGGAGCUAGAAGAAUACGCUACAGCAUCCAACCAUCUCACCGACGAAGAACAGCGAUGCGAGCAGCACUUCGCCGAGCACACCGUUCGUGAUGAGGCAGGGAAGUUCAUCGUUCGUCUCCCAUUUGGUCUCGACCCUAAUCAGCUUGGUGAGUCUAGGCCAAUGGCGGAGAAACGCUUGCUCCACAUAGAGAGAAAGCUCGACCGUAACCCAAAGCUCAAAAGUGAGUAUCAUGAGUUCAUUCGUGAGUACAUCGAUCUCGGUCACAUGUCACUCGUUGAAGAUGCCUCUCCGUCAAACAAAUCAGUAUAUCUCCCACACCACUGUGUGGUAAAAUCAUCGAGUACGACUACCAAAUGCCGAGUCGUUUUCGAUGCUUCGGCAAAGACUACCAGUGGGUGCUCUCUGAAUGAUGUACUCAUGUGUGGCCCCGUUGUUCAAGACUCGUUGAUUAAUAUUUUGAUCCGAUUUCGCCUCCCGCCUAUCGUGCUGGUUGGUGAUGCAAAACAAAUGUAUCGCAUGGUCUGGGUAAACGAGCUUGAUCGUGACUUCCUCAAAAUUCUGUGGAGGUGGGACAAGGACGAAGAAAUAAAGGAGUAUCGUCUGAAUACCGUCACAUUUGGGACUAAAAGCGCAUCCUAUUUGGCCACAAAAUGCGUUCAAGAGCUCCUAGGAUCAUACCGGCAACAAUAUCCGGCAGCAGUAGAGAAGGCGGAAAAGGGGAUCUACGUUGAUGAUGUACUCACCGGAGCAUCGUCUGAAGAAGAAGCAAGGCUACUACGAGAACAACUCACCGAAAUGUUUGCGUCCGGUGGAUUCCAUCUCCGGAAAUGGGCCUCGAACAGUGCUGCAGUAUUAGAAGGAGUUCCUGAUGCAGAUUUGGAGGUGAAGAUCCCGAUCGAAGAGAACGGAAGCUGUACUAUCAAGGCCCUCGGAAUGCAAUGGCAGCCGUGCAGUGACGAGCUCCAUUUCUCCUACCAACCUACCGAGAUCCUUCAGCCCACAAAACGCAACAUCCUAUCGCAAAUCGCCAGCCUAUUCGACCCGCUCGGCCUUCUUGCACCGAUCAUCGUGAAGGCAAAGCUGGUGAUGCAGCGUAUGUGGGAGCUGAAGGUGGCCUGGGAUGCAACUCCCCCCGGUGAGUUAACAAACGAUUGGUUAGUAUUGGUGCAAAAGUUCUCGCUUCUCAACUCGUUUCAGAUUCCCCGCCAUGUGAUCGACAUGCGCAGCUGGACUCGUCUCUACCUGCACGGCUACUGCGACGCAUCCGAUGUGGCCAUGGGCGCUUGUAUCUACAUUCGGGCUGUUGACAACGAUGGAAAUUCUUCCUCGCAUCUUCUCUGUGCCAAAUCGAAGCUGGCACCCAUCGGCAACGGCAGAACCACCACACCCCGGCUUGAGUUGUGUGCAGCAGUUAUUCUCGCGCGAUUGAUCUCCAACGUGAGAGCUGCUCUGUCGGCAACGGACUUCUACGAGGUGCGAGCGUUCUCCGAUUCCAAAGUCGUCCUGGCAUGGCUGGCCGGCGGGGCUGCAAGGUGGAAGACAUUUGUGGCGAACCGUGUUUCCACUCAUCUACCCUCUAUCAACUGGAGUCAUGUAGGCACUCUCCACAAUCCGGCAGAUAUGAUCUCUCGAGGUGCCUUUCCCGAACAGCUUCAUCAAAACACUCUCUGGUGGCAUGGGCCAACCUGGGUUCCAUCGGAGACCGACAACGAAUCAUCCCCGAACGGCAAUCUCGACGAUAUCGAGCAACGGCAGCUAGACAGAGAGCAGCGAACCGCAGCUGUGGUAUGCUUCACGGUCUACGAAAAUCGUUUCCUGGAUGAUAUGAUGGCUCGGUACUACCCGAAUCUACAGCUCCUUCUUCGUAUCACCGCUCGCAUUCUUCGUUUCGGACACCCGGAGUUCCGAUGCUCUCCACGACUCUCUCCAGCUGAGAUAAACUUUGCUUUGGGAAAGUACCUGCAACACACACAACAACAGCAUUUCCCCAGCGAGCUCAGCCGACUACAAAGAGGUCUCACUGUCGAGCGAAGCAGCCCAUUACAUCAACUCAAUCCAUUUCUGGACGAAAACGGUGUCGUUAGGGUGGGCGGAAGGCUGCAGCAAUCGGACUUGAGCUACGACAACAAGCAUCCGAUCUUGCGGCCCCGUCACUCAAUAUUGACCUCGCUUAUUCUUCUGCACGAUCAUCAAGAGCAUCUCCACUGUGGCCCUCAGUCAUUGCUAGCCGCCACUCGAACUCGGUACUGGAUACUACGCGGCAGCAGCGCUGCUCGAAAGGUUUGUCGCGAUUGUGUAAAGUGCAACCGAGCCAAAGCACCCCGGAUUACGCAACAAAUGGGACAGUUACCAGCGGACCAUUUGAAACCUCUUUCACCGUUCACCAUCACGGGCGUUGAUUACGCCGGCCCUGUUACGUUGCACUGUGCAUCGGCUUUCCUCGCUGCCUUCACCCGGUUUACCAGUCGGUACGGAGUCCCCAGCAAGAUGUACUCCGGCAACGCCACGAAUCUCCGGUCAGCGGCCAGAACGCUUCGUGAACUCUACCAACAGAUCGAUGCGACCGAACACAGCGACGAGGUCAACGACUUUCUCACCGACAGACGUGUGGAAUGGCUGUUCAUACCCGCGCGAUCUCCUCACCACGGUGGAUUGUGUGAGGCUGGAAUCAAGGUGGCGAAAGGGUUCCUCAGCAAAAUCGGAGGUAACUAUAAGUACACUUUUGAGGAAUUAAGCACUCUCCUUGCUCAGGUAGCUGCGUGUAUGAAUUCGCGUCCGAUUUCUGCAAUUUCGGAUGACCCUGCGGAUCCUCAACCACUCACGCCCGCGCACUUCCUGAUCGGGCGUCCUCUCGAUUCCCUCCCGGAGGUCAAUCAUCUCGAGCAGCAAAUAAGUUCGUUGUCAAGGUGGAACUACGUUCAGCGAGUCGCCCAGGAUUUUCGCGCUCGGUGGCAGUCCGAGUACGUACUUGCACUCCAACGGCUAGUGAAAUGGCAGGCUUCAUCCCCCAACGUUUCGGUAGGCGAUUUUGUUCUACUGGUCGACGACAACGAGAAGCCACAACAGUGGCCCCUGGGACGUAUUCAGGAGCUUUUCCCCGGGACCGACGGACGUGUCCGAGUAGUGUCGGUCAAGACAGCCAAGGGUGUUUUUCGCCGGGACGUCAGGAAGCUGCGCCGGUGCCCACUCGACAGUGAUGAAUUCGUUCCAGGAAGACAUGGAGUGGAAAUUCCUACUCGUAAUUUGGUGGGCGGAUUAUGUUGGGACGAGAAUGAGGAGCGCUACCCUACUCGCAGCAGCAGCAGAAAAAAGAUAUCUCAUUUGCCCAGAGAAUAA